AGAUUGAUCAAUAACCUCCCUUUUCCCAGGCCUUUUUUUAUUAUCCUACCCUUUUCCAUCAAUCAAUUCAAAAACAAUGGCGAAACACGAAGAUCAACCAGUACCAAUCUACACCUCUCUAGAACCCGUCUAUGGCGAUGGCUCGCUUCUCGAAGAAGCAAGACUUCGUUUCGACAAAAUCAAAUCAAAAUUCCAACAAUUCUUCUCUCAUCCUCCUGAAAUCUUCGCGCGAUCUCCAGGGAGAGUCAAUUUGAUCGGAGAGCAUAUAGAUUAUGAGGGGUAUUCGGUGUUACCGAUGGCGAUUAGACAAGAUACUAUUGUUGCGAUUCGAAGGAGAGGCGAAGAUGAAGAGAAAGUGCUUAGAAUUGCGAAUCUCGAUGAUAAUAAAUAUUCAAUGUGUACAUAUCCUGCUGAUCCCAAUCAGGAACUUGACUUGAAGAAUCUCAAAUGGGGUCAUUAUUUCAUCUGUGGAUAUAAAGGCUACCAUGAAUAUGCCAAAUCAAAAGGUGUAAAUGUUGGUGAACCUGUAGGCCUGGAUAUCAUUGUAGAUGGAACAGUGCCAACUGGUUCUGGAUUGUCAAGUUCGGCAGCUUUUGUUUGCUCUUCUACAAUCGCUAUAAUGGCUGCUUUUGGGGUGAACUUCCCUAAGAAAGAAAUUGCACAACUCACUUGUGAAUGUGAGCGGCACAUAGGGACGCAGUCUGGUGGAAUGGAUCAGGCAAUUUCUGUCAUGGCCCAGACUGGAUUCGCGGAGUUGAUAGAUUUCAAUCCUAUUCGUGCAACUGACGUAAAACUUCCAGCUGGGGGAUCAUUUGUAAUAGCACAUUCAUUGGCAGAGUCUCAGAAAGCUGUCACUGCUGCCACAAAUUACAACAAUCGUGUGGUUGAAUGCAGACUUGCUGCAAUUGUGUUGGGUAUUAAGCUUGGAAUGAACCCAAAAGAGGCAGCAUCCAAUGUCAAAACACUUUCUGAUGUUGAGGGCCUCUGUAUGUCCUUCGCUGGCACUCGUGGCUCUACUGAUCCUGUACUAGCUGUCCAGGAGAAUCUUAAAGAGGAACCAUAUACUGCUGACGAUAUUGAGAAGAUCACUAAUGAGAGUCUGCAAUCAAUCUUUAGCGACUCCCCUACUUCUUUGGAUGUUUUGAAGGCAGCCAGACACUAUAAGCUGCAUCAGAGGGCUGCUCAUGUGUAUUCUGAAGCUAAGAGGGUACAUGCUUUCAAGGAUACAGUGUCCUCAGAUUUGAGUGAGGAGGAUAUGCUUAAGAAGCUUGGUGACCUUAUGAAUGAGAGUCAUUAUAGCUGCAGUGUUCUCUAUGAAUGCAGCUGUCCUGAGUUAGAAGAACUUGUGAAAGUUGCUCGUGAUAAAGGUGCUCUUGGUUCAAGGCUAACAGGUGCCGGAUGGGGUGGCUGCACAGUUUCUUUGGUAAAGGAAAGUACAGUGCCACAUUUUAUCCUUGAUUUGAAAGAGCACUUCUACCAAUCAAGGAUUGACAAGGGGGUGAUCGGUAACAAUGACCUUGGUCUCUAUGUUUUUGCCUCAAAGCCAUCUAGUGGUGCGGCCAUCUUUAAGUUUUAGAUUGUCCAUUGCUGCCUAUUCAUCUUUGCACAGCCAAGUUUAGUUUCGUCUACCACAGUAACUGUUGCUUCUUCUGUCCCUGUUUUUUUUUAUGUAAGCAAAUGAACCAGUUAUAUCUGUGGAGCAAACCUCCACACCUGUUCUGUUACAGGAAAUGUAUAAUUUAAUGACAAUAAAAAAAAAAAAAAAAAUUAAGGCGUGAGCAACUUUAUGUCGUAUGAACUGAUUUUUGUAUCAUCUUCAGAUAUAUAAACUUCAGAAGAUCAUCUCGAUGCAA